UCUUUUUAAACAUAUAUUCUCAUAAUUUUAAUAUAUAUAUAUAUAUUUAAAUGAAAAGAUAUCAAAAGAUAUGAUUAAAGUAGUUGAAAGAUUAUAUAUAUAUAUAACAUUUUUUCGUCAAAUUUAAAUUUAAUAAUUCAGAUGGUAUUUGAAUUUUUUUAGUUUAAACUGAAAUUAACACCAAUAGUUGAGUUAUAGUAAAGCAUGACAAAAAAAUGUUGAGAUUUAAAUUAGACUACCAACCAACAGAACAAAUUUGGUGGAAUACCACCUUGAACGUACACUACACAUACGACGCUCAUUUUCAUUCUUUACUGAUCACUAUUGAUGGAAUCACAUUAGCACCACUCUGCACAUAUAUGAAUUUAUACCAUUCCAGAAACAUUUUUAAGAGAAGAAAGAUUUUCGUAUAUCUGAGAUUCUGAGGUGUAAUCAGUAUAUUCUCUUUGAAGUCGUUUUAUUUAAUUGAAUUUUUAUUAGAUGGCCUAUGUAAAAGAAAAAACUUCAAAUAAUAAUUGAUGUGUUCAUCUAAAACUAGAUCAUGAUAUGCGUAUAUCUGAGUUCAGACUUCAAGGUUCUCAUUACUCUUCUCACUGGAGGAUCGCCCGACUCUUCUCUUCAAGGGAUUGUCCACGACUUAGGCAUGUUGAGCAAUUCUCUUAACUAUAUCUCCUUUAAAUUUGUUCCUCGCCAAUGUAAUGUAGCUGCGGAUAGAUUGGCAAAGGAUGCUUUGUUUCAGCUUUCUUCUCCCUCCUUUAGGGAGGUGUAAACUCUAGUUCUCUUUAAUGGAAAGUAAGAUUUGACCCCAAAAAAAAAUAUGGAAGAUACAACAAAUAAUUCUUAUCCUAUAUGAAAUAUAACUUAGCAACGAUAAUUAAAUAUUACAAUACAAUCUCAACUUCCCAAGUUACAUAAUUUAUUUUUGAACUAUUAUUGAGCCACCAUAACAUGGUCCUAAAGCGAUAAAGAGUUCUAUCGAUAACAAGUAUAAGAAGCACAACGCCCAUCUCAUACAUCUUCAUAAGAGUUCUAUCCUGAAUUCCUGAUCAAAUUUUAAAUAAUGAUAUUUGAGGUAAUAACUACUUUACCAUACAAAUUAUUAUAGAACUGAAACAAAUGAUUCUUGCGCAGAAAGUGCUUUGGCACACCCACACCUACUUUUGUUAUCUUUCCUUUUCGAUCAAGACACGAACACCAAAACUGAAAUAUGAUUAUUCUUACCCUCACAAGCUGCUUGUAACGGCGUCGUUUAACUAAUUGACUUAACGUAUAUAUAAAAAAGGCAAUCUUGAUAUUUUUUUUAAAAAAAGUUUGAAUUUUUAUUAGUUUCUUUUCCACUUUCAAUGGUUGCCUUCCACAACGCUAAAACAGAGUCAAUGGCCGUCUUUUCGCCACAGAAGCAAGACGAACAAGAAGAAGAAGAAAAGCACUUCUCUUUCUUACGAAACCCAUCAUGAAGAAUAUGAUGUUAAUGAUCUCAACCACCUUCUUCAUCAUCCUUAUCUCAUCAUCUUCCUCUUACGCAGAAGACGACGUGCUCUGUCUCAAAGGCCUCAAGAACUCACUCACCGAUCCUUCGGGCCGACUCAGCACCUGGUCUUUCCCCAACUCCUCGUCUUCCUCAAUCUGCAAACUCACCGGAGUCUCUUGCUGGAACGCCAAGGAGAAUCGCAUUCUCUCCCUCCACCUCCCCUCGAUGCAACUCGCCGGCAAGAUUCCAGAAUCUCUCAAGCUUUGCCGCAGCUUACAGUCCUUAGACCUCUCCGGCAACGACAUCUCCGGCGAGAUUCCUCCCGAGAUCUGCUCGUGGCUUCCUUACCUCGUCACGUUAGACCUCUCCGGUAACAAACUCUCCGGAGAAAUACCGUCCGAGAUCGUUAACUGCAAAUUCUUGAACGGUUUGGCUCUUAACGAGAAUAAGCUAACCGGUCCGGUUCCUUUUCAGUUAACCCGGUUAGACCGGCUCCAGCGACUUUCUCUCUCCGACAACGAUCUCUCCGGUUCGAUUCCCCUUGAGCUCUCCCAUUUCGGAGAAAACGGGUUUACCGGAAAUAACGGACUUUGCGGGAAGCCGUUAUCGAGCUGCGGAACGUUGAACGGUAAGAACGUAACGGUCAUUGUAAUAGCAGGCGUAACGGGAGCUGUCGGGUCGUUGUGCGUCGGGUUCGCCGUGUUCUGGUGGUUCUUUAUCAGAGACGUGAGGAGGAAGAACGGUUACGGUGCCGGAGAGUCUAAAGACGAUGGUGACUGGAUCGGUGUGUUGAAGUCGCAUAAGCUCGUUCAGGUGGCUCUGUUUCAGAAACCUAUCGUGAAGAUCAGGUUGGUUGAUUUGAUUGUUGCUACGGAUAGUUUCGGUUCCGACAAUGUCCUUGUCUCGUCGAGAACUGGUGUUUCUUACAAAGCUGAUUUGCCUGAUGGGUCUGCACUUGAGGUCAAGAGGCUUACCUGUGGUUAUGAGGUUGGUGAGAAGCAGUUUAGGUCGGAGGUGAACAGGUUGGGUCAGAUCAGGCAUCCGAAUCUGGUGCCGCUUCUCGGGUUCUGCGUCGUGGAGGACGAGAGGCUGUUGGUGUAUAAGCACAUGGCUAAUGGUACGUUGAACUCUCGGUUGCAUGGUUUGGAUUGGCCGGGUCGGGUUAGGAUCAGUGUUGGAGCGGCUAGAGGGCUAGCUUGGUUGCACCAUGGGUGUGAACAUGCGUAUUUGCAUCAGUACAUUAGCUCAAAUGUGAUUCUAUUGGAUGAAGACUUUGAUCCUCGUGUUAUAGAUUAUGGUUUGGGGAAGCUAGUGAGUUCUUCUCGGGACUCUAACGAUAGCUCGUUUAGUAACGGUGAUUUUGGGGAGGUUGGUUACGUUGCGCCGGAGUAUGCGAGCACUAUGGUUGCGUCUUUGAGUGGGGAUGUGUAUGCGUUCGGGGUUGUGCUUCUUGAGAUUGUUACGGGACAAAAGCCGCUUUCGAUUAACAAUGGGGAAGAUGGGUUUAAUGGGAGUUUAGUGGAUUGGGUGAGUAAGCAUUUGAGUAAUGGUAGAGGUAAAAAUGUGGUUGAUAGAAGUGUGAUUGGUAAAGGAUAUGAUGAUGAGAUGAUGCAGUUUUUGAGAAUCGCUUGUAGCUGCGUUGUGUCGAGGCCUAAAGAAAGACCAUUGAUGAUCCAAGUUUAUGAGUCUUUAAAGAAGUUGGGAGAUCGAUAUGGUUUCUUCUCUGAGCAUAGUGAUGAGUUUCCACUCAUCUUUAACAAACAAGAACACUAAGUUAAAACUUUACCUGUGCUGUGAGUAUGAUGACUAUGCUGCUGCUUUGUAAAGUACAAAGAUCAUGCACUCUUUUACUCAAUUCUUUACCACAUACUUACCCUAAUGUUUUCACUUUCAACUGUGUUUUUUUUGUUGUGUUGUAUAUUUCUCUUCUCUACAUCCUGUGAUGCAUGAAUAUACACUAUGGGAUGGUUGUAACUUGUAAUAAAAUGAAUUUUUGUGUGUUUAAUUGAAUCAAUGUUAAAAUUCUUUAA